ACCACUGCGACGGACGGCUGCGUUCACGGAGUAUGACUUUUACUAAUUGUUGCUGAUUUGUAUACGACGACCGACGUGGGCAUAUUGUUGUUGUACAUCUUCUUGGAGGAGGAGGAGGCAGGACUUCAUUGUAUUGUUGGUUUUCUGGUAGUUUAUGAUUGUUGUGGCGUGUGAAUGUGUUGGUGGUGAGUUCAGUAGCUUUGUAGACGGAAUAAGAGGCAAAUGCCCCCGGAAUCGGCGUGCGUGGUUUCGUUGUACGACUAUCAUUUACCUUUUAAUCUUGUCUGGAUUUAUUUAGAAUUAGUUGAUUAAAUCGAGUUUAAAAAUAAUUAUUUUAAGUAGGAAAACAUGAAGGUUAAAAUUGAUAAGCAGUGUCCAACUCGUUCCCGCAGUUCAUAUUUUUAUCAAAGUUUUUUAGUGCCGGUAUUAUCACGCCGACAAUUAUGCGUUCUCAUCACACCGAGUUUGUUAUACGUUUUGACGCUGUGCAGUGGUGUCAGGAGUGACGGGAUGACAGAGUUGAAGUACGUCUGGGGAGACGCUCUGACAGAUCCGGAAGCUUUGGGGCCUGAUGGAAAACGAUAUCCAUGGGACACAGCGACACACAUUGCAGGAAGAUCUUCGAGGAUGCCACGCUCCAUUUUAGAGGAGGACGAAUUACCACCUCUUCUCACACCGGAAGAGACGAAAGCCGCCUUACUGGCAAUGUUCCGAUCUGACCUUGACGCUAAUAGUGGAGAGUCGUCGUUGACAAAUUCUAGGAAUUCGCCGGCAGUGAGGACAUAUCACAGACAAGGUCGCAGUGAGACGACAUCUCCCCCAUCUACCACAUCCACCACUUCUGCCCCAGAUGGUGGGUGUGUCCCAACUCGCCUUUGUGAGACGACAUACAACACUACUGCACCGAUGUACGGAAUUUCUCUAACCUCGGGGAAUCCAGUGACAAUCGUACAAAAAUUUCCGGACCUAUUGCAACAAGUUGUGUAUCAAGUUUGCAAGUCCGAGGAAUGUGACGUGAUUCAGGGAGAAUGUGUUCAGACGUACUUGCCUUAUCUGUUCCUUGUGAUCCCGUUGGGACCUGUGACGCUGACUGGACAAGAUUAUGUUUUGGUCGAAAGUGGAUGCACUUGCAGGCCGAAGUAUGCAAAAAGGGAGGAAAAUCAGCCACCUAUCCCCUUCAUCACACCCUUCAACACGACAGCAUCGUCCGCCCAAAAUAAUAACAAAUAUUCCUCCAAUUCAAACAAACCUAGGAUCAAUAAGCGAUUUUAAUGAUGGCAAUUCUCAAUAAAUAAUGUAAUUACCAGAA